AUGUCGUCAUUCGGUGGCAUAAACUACAGUCAUCCAGGUGCUAUUACUUUAAUCUUACAGGGCUGGACUGGUGGAGGCAUGAUCGAUCUCGAUAUCGCCCAUUUUGAUAAUGUAUCAGAGGUCUCUGUUCAGGUCCCAGAUGACCCUCUUCUAGAGAUUCAGAUUAGCUCAAAUCUGUUACUUUCUGAAGGCCUGGGCCUCUUCUUUGUUUUCUCUAGCUCCGAUACUAUUAAAUUCGAUGCGCCAUAUGUUGGUGAGUGGAGUGACACGGCCAACAAUACAGUCCGGGUGAACUCUACACCUGAUACGGCCUCGUUCGAGCACAAUCUUGAUCAGAAUUUGAACCCAUUGGAGUUAAGUAGAGUACAGAGGCUUUUGCUUCUGGUACAUUUACCCGGCUAUUAUUGGACUUGUGGCUUGACUACCAUGCGGUAUACUGCUGAGCUUAUUAAGGAGCAUUGGGACUUUAGUUUGCAGGCUAUGAAUAGUCUGUGUCUUGGAGAUGUGGAUCAGGCCGUCUCAUACCUCUUGGACUCUUUGUAA